AUGCCUGAUGCUAUCUCAAGAGUCGGGGCUUCAAAUGAGCACAAGUACUGCACUGAAGAUAUGGGAUCUAACGGGUGCCCCUGCUCCUCAACCACUCAGCAACCACCUUCCAACAUCCAUCAGCCACGUCUAGCAAGAAGAAUUCAGGAACGAGAUGAGGGUUACGCCAAAUAUACCCCAUUCAUUGACGACUCGGAGGCGUUCAUCAUCGAAACCAAGUACUAUCACCCUCCUGCCUGGGAUGCCUUCUUCAUUGUAUUAGGACCAGUGGAACUCAAGGCUGAUUCAAAAUCGACUGAAGGUCCUUGGCAGGUUCAUGUCCUCGGCGCUCUCCCCUUAAGAAUUAUCUCCAGACUCUAUGGUUUACUCAAUAGACCCAACAGAGAGCUCAGUCCCGACGCCGGCCUUGCAUCCUCCAUCAAAGUUCAUGCCGACAUCGUCAGGGGUGAGCUCGAAACCCUGCCCAGCUCCGGCAAUCGUACGUUCUUCGUCGUCGUCUAUCUUGCCCCAGGCAAUUAUCAUCGCUUCCAUUCUCCUGCCGACUGGAAGGUCAAACAUCUUCAUCCUUUUGCUGGUGCGACGAAUGUGGGCUCGAUCCUGAUCAACUUCGAUUGA